CGAGACUACAGCUCUCUCUCUAUCCUCUCGGAAUAGGACGGAGGAGGAGAGGCUAUAUUCAGGAGAAGGGCCGGGCCGCCAUUAUUGGGAAGCUGAAAAAAAUACACUUACACACGGUCAUACAUUUGGGCAGUCUGUGAAGCGAUACUCAUAGGAAACACAACAUUUAGGGUUGUAAUUAUCAAUUGAGCACUGCGCAUCAACUAACACCGCAUAUGAUGUGUACGCGUAUGGGCAUAUCUGUAUAUUGGACACAACAAAGGAAAUAACAAUUGGUCAAAACAACGUGGUGAACCAAGAGGAAAACACAACGAAUCGAGUCUUUUCAACGCCCCUCUUUCCUAACGCGAACAUCCAGGGGACAAGAAAUUGAAGUUCUAUUGCAUUUUUCGAGAUAAUUUAGGUGUUUUGUGUCCAAAGGCAAGAAGAGGAACUCCACAUGCAGAUGGCACCGAAAAGUUAAUAGGCUACUUGUGAAAAUGGAGUCUUGAUUUCAGGGUAAAAAAUAUACCAAGUGUUCAAAAGGGGAAUGUCGAUAUUUAUGUGACUGAUCGAGGAGUAGAAUUUCCUCUUUGUUAAAUUCUCGAGGCGUUGGAAGUGCUGUUUUUGCGAGUUGCGAAGGAGAACGUUGGAGAGAAAGGAGUGAACGAGGGAAGAGGGAGGAAUGCUAUGGGUCAGACCCAAGGCCAGUAAGAAUCUUUGCAUGGAAAGACCGCCCGGCAGCCUCCUCCCUAGAGCUUGUGGGCAUGGCAGGAUGAGUGUCUGCGUUCGAUGAUGAUGGCAAAAAAGCAAGAUGCAAAGGCGCCCACCUACAACCUGGUCGUGGUGGGCCUGUCCGGCACAGAGAAGGAGAAGGGGCAGUGUGGUGUGGGCAAGUCCUGCCUGUGCAACCGCUUCGUCCGUCCCAGCGCAGACAACUUUUACCUGGACCACACCUCCGUGCUAAGCACCAGCGACUUCGGGGGACGUGUGGUGAAUAAUGACCACUUCCUGUUCUGGGGGGAAACUGGGCGGGUGCUGGAGGAGGGGCCGGAGUGCAGGAUGCAUGUGGUGGAGCAGACAGAGUUCAUUGAUGACCAGACGUUCCAGCCACACCGUUCCACAGCCCUCCAGCCCUACAUCAAGAGGGCUGCCUCCAACAAGCUGGCCUCUGCAGAGAAGUUGAUGUAUUUCUGCACGGACCAGCUAGGGCUGGAGCAGGAUUUUGAGCAGAAGCAGAUGCCAGAGGGGAAGCUAAUGGUGGAUGGCUUCCUCCUCUGUGUGGACGUCAGCAGGGGCAUGAACCGCAGCUUUGACGACCAGAUGAAGUUCAUCACUAAUCUCUACAACCAGCUAGCCAAGAACAAGAAGCCAGUGGUUCUGGUGCUCACCAAGUGCGACGAGGGGGUGGAGCGCUACAUCAAGGACUCUCACACCUUUGCCUUGGCCAAGAAGAACCUCCAGGUGGUGGAGACGUCAGCACGCUCCAACGUCAACGUAGACCUGGCCUUCCUCACCCUGGUGCAGCUGAUAGACAAGGGCCGGGGCAAACCCAAGAUCAUCCCGUACUUUGAGGCCCUGAAGCAGCAGAGCCAGCAGAUUGCCUCGGCUAAAGAUCGCUAUGAGUGGCUGGUCAGCCGUAUCGUGAAGAAUCACAAUGAGACGUGGCCCAACAUAAACCGGCGCAUGCAGACCUCCUCAGAGUACAAGGAGUAUGUCUUCCUGGAGGGCACUGCGAAAGCCAAGAAGCUCUUCCAGCAGCACGUCCACAGGCUCAAACAAGAACACAUUGAGAGAAGGCGGAGGGUCUAUCUCAGUACCCUGCCUCAGGCACUGGGUUCCCUAGUCCCUGAGCUGGAUGAGAUCGACCACCUGAGCUGGUCCGGGGUCCAGAAGGUUCUGGAGACCAAGCAAGACUUCUCCCAUUGGUUCGUUGUGUUGGAUGACACCCCCUGGGAGACCACGCCACACAUAGACAACAUGGAGGAUGAAAGGAUUCCCCAGGAUCUCCUGGAGACCCCGGUGGCCGAGACAAUUUACGAGAGUCACCUGGAGCACCUGAAAAAUGAGCGCAAACGGGCGGAGAUGAGGUGGGAGUUCAAGGAGAAGCUCAGUGCCUCUCCCUUCAUCACAGCAGGCAAACCCUGGGAGGAGGCACGCAGCUUCAUCAUGAAUGAAGACUUCUAUCAGUGGCUCGAGGAACCAGAGUACCUAGACAUCUACAACAGGCACCAGAAGGAGAUCAUUGACCGAGCCAAGGAGGACUUCCAGGAGCUGCUGCUGGAGUACUCAGAGCUUUUCUAUGAGCUGGAGGUAGACGCCAAGCCCAGUAAGGAGAAGAUGGGGGCCAUCCAGGAGGUGUUAGGGGAGGAGCAGAGGUUCAAGGCCCUGCAGAAGCUGCAGGCAGAGAGGGACGCUUUGGUUCUCAAGCAUAUCCACUUUGUCUACCACCCCACCAAGGAGACCUGCCCAAAUAGCCCACACUGUGUGGACUGUAAGAUUGAACAGGUUCUAGCCUCCAAGUUCCCCACUCGAUACUCCUUCUUUGAUAGCCAUAAACCGGGCGACGGGAACGCAGAUCGCAUAAACCUGGUCAUUCUGGGUAAAGAUGGCCUGGGGAGAGAACUGGCCAAUGAGAUCAGGGCUUUGUGCACCAAUGAUGACCGGUACGUGCUGGAUGGGAAAAUGUAUGAGUUGUCCCUCCGGCCCAUAGAGGGUAACGUGCGUCUGCCGGUCAAUUCCUUCCACACGCCUACCUUCACCCCCCAUGGCGUCCUGUGUCUCUACAACUCUAAGGAGUCACUAUCUUACAUUGUGGAGAGCAUUGAGAAGCUCAGAGAGUCCACACUAGGCCGAAGGGAAAACAGUCUAUUUCAGCUGCCCAUGAACCUGCUCCUAGUCACCAAACGGGGAGUAGGGUCCAUCAGGGACAUUGGGGGGGAAACGGCUCACACACUUAUCCUCCAGGGGCAGCAGGUUGCUGGGAAGCUACAGUGUGGUUACCUAGACCCCGCCUCCCCUGGGGUGGGCUAUGGACGCAAUGUGAACGAAAAGCAGAUCAACCAGGUGUUAAAAGGUCUGUUAGAAUGCCGUAGGCCCCCUGGGAGCAUAGGCAGCAGCUCCCCUCCUUUACCCCCUUCCUUCAGAGACUCUCACUCCCAGCCCAUCCCCGAGACAGACCUGCGGAUAGUCAUGUGCCUGAUGUGUGGCGACGAUUAUGACGUGGAGCAGCUCCUCUCGCCUCUCCUGCUGCCCCAGCACUGUCGGCCGGCCUCCAGCCUGAGCAGUGGCACGUCCGUGCUCCUAGAGCUCACGGUGGGGGCCCAGAGGCACACCAUCGACCUCUCCCUGCUCUCCUUCCACUCCUCAUUUGCCCUAAGGAAAAGUCGGCUGGUGCACGGCUACAUUGCUGUGUAUUCUGCCAGGCGCAAGGCGUCCAUGGAGACCCUGUGUGCGUUCCUGUGUGAGGUGCAGGACAUCAUUCCCGUGCAGUUGCUUGCAGUGGGGGAGAGCCAGGCUGAGCUGUCGGACUCUGAUGCGGCCAGGGAGCAGGUGAGCCAGGGGGAGGAGCUGGCCCGGGAGAUCGAGGCCAGGUUUAACACAGUAGUGUGUGGGCCUGGAGGGGUGGUGGGAGGCCUGCACAGGAUAGACCUCUUUCAGCCCUUCCUGAAGGAGGUUGUGGAGAAACGCACCAUAGUGGAGGCCACACACAUGUACGAUAAUGUAGCAGAGGCCUGCACCACUGAGAGCAUGAGCCCGGCCCGCUGCAAUUCCCCCAGCCCCAUCAACACCCUGCUAGACUCUGAGGAGGACGUGGAGCCCUCGCCUCCCUACCCUGACGUUACCCUCACCUCCCAGCUGGGGGGCUUCAAGCUCCCCGACCUGGAGUCCAGCGACGCCUUCUCAGUCAUCUCCGAGAUUAGCACCUUCGAGAGCAAGCUCAACAACAAGGUCCCCCCCCAGGUGCGGCCCAAGCCCACCAUUCGGAAAGUCAACCUGGGGCCCUACAUGGACCAGCAAGGGACCAACCGCCGCUCCUUACCCCCUGCCGUCACCUGGGCGCCGGGGAGCGACGGUGGCUAUGACCCCUCGGACUACGCCGAGCCCGUGGAUGCCGUGACCAAACAGCGGCCCACAGAGGAGGAGAGCAUCUACUCGGUGCCCCACGACAGCACACAGGGCAAGAUCAUCACCAUCCGCAACGCCAACAAGCAUUCUAACGGCGGGGGAAAUGGCUCGGACAGCGAGGCUGACAGCAGCUCCCUGGAGCGAAGGCGGAAGAUGUCUGCUCUGGGGGUGAAGCCGCGGCUGUACCGCGACCGCUCGAAACGCCUGGGCAAGUUCAGCAGCUUCCGCACUAGCUUCUCCAUCGGCAGUGACGACGAGCUGGGGCCUCCCAAAGCACCAGAGGAGCUGGGCGGGGCGCACAAAGGGGACAACUCCAUUAACGAGGAGGGCGAGGACCCCAAGAGGAGGAACAUCCUCAGAAGCCUGCGCAGAAACACCAAGAAACCACGGCCCAAGCCCAGGCAUUCCAUAUCCAAAGUAGAAAGCAACUACUUUGGCGUGCCGUUGGCCAGCGUGGUGACACCUGACCGACCCAUCCCGCUCUUCAUUGACAAGUGCAUCCGAUAUAUUGAGGCAACGGGUAUCACUACAGAAGGGAUCUACAGGGUGAGUGGGAACAAGUCAGAGAUGGAGAGCAUGCAGAGGCAGUUUGACCAGGACCAUAACCUGGACCUGGUGGAGAAGGACUUCACUAUCAACACGGUGGCCGGGGCCAUGAAGGCCUUCUUCUCCGAGCUGCCAGAACCCCUGGUGCCCUACAGCCAUCAGAUCGAACUGGUGGAGGCCUUCAAGAUCAACGAUCGGGAUCAACGAGUUCACGCCAUGAAGGACAUCCUGCGCCGCUUCCCCAGGGAGAACUAUGACGUCUUCAAAUACGUCAUCAAUCACUUGAACAAGGUGAGUCAGAAUAACCGUUUGAACCUGAUGACCAGUGAGAACCUGUCCAUCUGUUUCUGGCCCACUCUGAUGCGGCCCGACUUCACCACCAUGGACGCCCUGACGGCCACACGAACCUACCAGACAAUCAUCGAGUCCUUCAUCCACCAGUGUGCUUUCUUCUUCUACAACCAGCCCCUGUCUGACACCCCUGGCGGGCACGCCUCCCCCACAGCCACCCUCUCCUCCCACGGGGGAACCUCGGCCUACUCCUCCUUGGCGUACAACUCUCCCUCCCUCACACCGGCCCCGGCCCCUUACGUUAUGCCCGCCACGCCGCCCGUCAUCCCACACUACGGGCCGCCCCAUACCCAGAUCCAGCAUUCCCCGCCCCACACCCCCCCAGUCCCCCAUCCAGGCCCUACUGCCCCCCCUGCACCCCCAUCACCCCCCCACGGAACAACACAUGCUGUGAACCAGUGAUGGAAGGAAAGAGAGAUUUGAGAGCGAGAUGGAAAGAGUUUGAGAUUCAGAGGUAUGAGGGAGCGGUGAGAGAAGAAUGUAAGUGGAUGAGAUUUUGAAGGGAUGGUGAGAAGUAUGGAGGGAACGAGAGGAGAGUGGGUUUGAGAGAGGGAAAGCGAACGAGAAGAUGAGUGGGUGAGUGAGAUGCAGUACAUAUAGGGGAAAACUGUUGGGAGAGGGGGGUUAUCCAACCCCCAUUUGCAUUUUAAAGAUAUACGCACACACACACACACUACGCAUGGAAGGGGGUGGGAAAGAGGAACUAUUGAGCCACUAGUACAACAUGUGUCUUCCCGUACCACUGUAGUCUAUUGACUCUUCUCCCGCUACCAUUUCUUCUGCCCCCUUCUCCACUGCCUUAGAGAGUACCUCCCUCUUUCCCCAUCCAACACACACAAACACCACGUGUACAUGUCCCUCCCCAACCAUAAGGGACCUCAGAACUGCUGACUGUAGCCAGGCAGGGUAUCUGUGGGGGAAGUGUGGGAGGACAUUGAACUAUAUGGACCUCCUAGCUGGACUCUAAAACCACUGCCCAGUGUCCCACUUUCCUCGCCCCCACCACUCCUCACCACAAUGGGGCUGUGGUUUGCCAGCGACUGCCCUGUCCUCCCAGGUUGAUCCUGGGUCCAGGUGGAGGGAGGACCUGACCAGUAGAUUCUCUGUUUAUUUGACCACUGUUACCAGGAAAUGGACUAGAGGCAUGCUUCACCUCUCCCCCAUGGACCAGCUUCCACUUCAAUAGACUCAUUCCUAAACCCCCCUCCCACCCCCUUCGCUUCAGUGUCUGCUACAGCGAGAGAUAAUGCCAAGAACAAGUCUCAACUAACUGGAUCUGCAGGGGGGCUAGAGCACGGAACUUUGGGUGGUCUCACGCCCUCAGCAUCUUGGGAGAGCUCCUUCCGUUCCGCUCUCUCUCCUCUGACACAUGCCCCCGAGCCUCCAGGCAACGCUGGAAGACUGUUGUUUCUCUUUUGAUUAAAGAGGAUAUCUUCCCCCCCUGUUUCUUCCUGAUGUUUGUUGUUCCACCUUUCCUCUUUAGUCCCCCCCCCCCCCCCCUAUGCUUCCAUUUUUUGAUUUUCAAACUGUGGAUCAGUUUUGGAGUGUUCCGUUGAUGACUGACCAAUCAGAAUGCACUCUCACACAGCAAGUCCCUCCUGUCAGAUAUCAAUGCUUACUUCUUAUUGGCCCAUGUGCUUUCUGUGAAGGGUGGGAAUAACUGUCAGGGAGAGGUAGGAAGGACUGGGAUAUGGAUUGGGAUUUGGAAGGGGUGGGAUUCAGGGAUGCACUUUACGGACUCUGAAAAGCAUUUAGGCAAUUAGACACGGAAUGCCAAGAGGAACAACCAUAACGAUUCCCAUAAGGAUCCCAGGAGGCAUUGGGAAGUGGUGGCAGGGAAUUCAUACUUCCUCCUGUUAUCAAUGAAGGGUUUGGAAUCCUGGAGAGACAUGGGGGGCAUGACCUGUGUGUGUGUGUGUGUGUGUGUGUGUGUGUGUGUGUGUGUGUGUGUGUGUGUGUGUGUGUGUGUGUGUGUGUGUGUGUGUGUGUGUGUGUGUGUGUGUGUGUGUGUGUGUGUGUGUGUGUGUGUGUGUGUGUGUGUGUGUGUGUGUGUGUGUCUGCGUACAUGUGUGCACAUGCUUCUAAUAUGGUAGAGAGCAGGAGAAUCAUUAGUGUAGAGAUCUCUGAAGUUUAUUGAGAUUGAGAGACUGCAGAGCACUUUUGGGAUCCUCUUUAGUGCAAAGUGCGCCAACACUUUCUCACCACGUCUAAUGCGUUGUGAAGUUGUGUAGCCACCUCACUGAGAACACGCCAUUGCCAUCUGGUGGACGACAUAGUUACUGCAGCUAUGACCUCACCCACCACUGCAUGGGCGGAACACCAUUCCCCCCCACCCGGGUGUAAUAUUAGAUCUUUCUACAUGCGUAAUCCCCCAUAUUUACCUAUUGAAUGUCAAGUCAAAUGGGACAUAUUGAGCCCAAUAGGAAUUCUUUGUAUAUAACGUAAAUGGAGAGUCUAUACUAUGAAAGCCAUAUAAACUGCAUUGAGAUUAGCCUGUGGAUGAGGCUCAUAUCUGUUGUGUUGCUAGGGUGCCAGCACUUUGCUACAGAUGUAUAUACUCUCCAGAGUGUGGUGUUGAAGGAGCGUAUGAUGACAUUUCAUGUCAGCUGUCCAUGAUGCAGACAGUCCAGUGACUAGUCCAGUGUCCAUCUGGGCUCUGCUAGUUGGCGGUAUGUGGUGAUGUUUAGUCAUGUGUUUUUGUACCGAGGCUGGCUCAGGAUAGCGGUUCAGAUCCAUUCAGCUGACUAUGACCGGUAAGGACACAAAGGAAAGGAGAUGAGGAAGCUCGUUCAGAGUAUUGAAACGCAGCCAGUGGUGUUGAUAGUCCCUCAAUGCCAUCCUGUGUUUAUUGGUGUCCCAUUUCCUGGUUGGCACCACUUGGUACCCCUGCCCUCUUUUGAAACGGCACCGUUCCCUAGUCCAGAGAGGCGCUCCGGGAUGGAGCAGAACAGACCAUCUAUUCAUCUGUGUUGAUGACUGCGGAAUUCCAAUGGUUCUGUCUGUGGUUGUCAUAGAAACCUGUUGGAUCGCUAGUGUGUGUGUGUGUGUGUGUGUGUAUGUGUGCGCACUCGCGCACGUUAAGAGUGAAUCCAAGGUCAUGUAAUUUGUUUCAUUUUGACCCUCCGCUUUACACACUCAUGCUUGUCUCCACCUCUCUCCAGUUCCCAUUUGUCUUGACUGACAGGCCUCCCUUCCAAUCACUGGAGUUAUACCCUGACGCCGACCCAAUGACCUAUCAUACACUACCUAUAUGACGUUUGUUUGUCUGUGUUAAGGACUGAUGUCAUUUGAGCUGUCAACAGUAGCCAGACAUCAGUGUAAAUUCGACACUUAAGACCAUGUCACUUAUAGUGGAGAAUGUAUUUAUCCUCACGGUCAUUACCCCACAUAAUGUAAACUGGACCUGACCAACCACAGUUAUCCUCUUAGUUACCUAUAGGUUUACUUUUCACAGAUGGAGAGUGAGUCAGAGAGAGAGAGAGAGAGAGAGAGGUGAAUGGGAUCAUUAUUUGAGAGAAGUGGGGGGGGGGGGGGGGGGGGUUGUGCAAACUCUGGUACUUUUGAAUGCCGGCCAGUGGCAUUCCCUGUGUAUAUCUAUGUGUUAAUACUGAACAGACUGUGAGGCAGCCAAAGACUGUGCAACAACUAAAAAACACAAAAGGUGGGGGAGAGAGGAAGCAAAGCGACACGUGGAGAGGAAGAAAACUAUGGUAUUAAAAAUGUGACUUUGGUUCUGCGAUCUUGUGGCUUUUCUUUUUCUUUAUUUUUUGCAACAAUGGUGAGAGAUGGUCUGUUAAGUUAAAAUGAGAAACAAGCAAACUAUAUUCAAAUGGUUGUUUAUUUGUAUGUUAGGGGGUCUAACACUUUGCCCUUUAGUCAAUGGUGAUAGAAUUGUUUUUCUUUUUUCUUUUUAAUAAUAAAAAAAAAUUGUUUUUUUGUUUUUUUUUUAAACAAUUUUGUGAAUGGUGAAGAGACCAGCCCGGUAUAGUGCAUGAUAUUUGCCCAGGCAAGGGAGGUGGCUCGACCACUCUUCAGUAUUUAAGACAAGAAGAUUAAAAAACAAUGAAAUAAUGGGGAAAAAAAGUUAACCUGUAUAAAAGAUAAAAUGGAAGUAAACUUAAAAAAAAUCUGUCAACACAAAAACAAUGCUGUCAUUAUUUGCUAAGAGUAUGGUAAUUUGUCUCAAUAGGAAUGGUGUAUACAGCAAGGCCUUACUUGGACCUGUAUUCUAGUUAAUAAAUCAAUCUUGUAAA